GAAACCCGCACCGAUAUGGCGAAUCGUACAGCAACCUCCACGACGCAUUUCUCCACUUCCGUCCCGACGUUGAUCGCGUAUACGGAUAGCACCAUUGUUGUUACCCUUACGGAGAUGAGCACGACAUUGACGACUGCUACGCAGACUGCGACGACUACUUCAUGGGUGACCGAGACGAUCUAUCCUGCUCCUGACUUGACCUGUGGGAAUCAGGGACUUGAGUUCGCCAUCCAGGAGCACCGCUACGAGAACACCGAUGCAUCGUAUUCUGCCUUUAACGUGGAAGAUUUUAAGACUGUUCAACCUUGGUACACGGGAACCACUACGUUCCUUGGCUUCGAAAACGGAGACACUUACUCAUACUCCCUCUACGGAGCUCCUGCCAGAAACACGGAUUAUAUCGCCCUCAACCACCGCGGAUAUCUCUUCGCACGACAAACGGGUACCUACACCUUCAUUACCCCAGACAGUGACGAUAUCACGAUCUUUUGGCUUGGUCCACAGGCCUUCUCAGGUUACACCAGGCAAAAUGCCAAUAUCCUUCAACCUUACAAUUUUGAAGGUGCUGAUUCCCACGUUACUGCUCAGAUUGACCUGGUGGAGGGGCAGUAUUACCCUUUCAGAAUUCUGUAUGGGAAUGGGCAGGGGAACGCUCAGUUUGCGUUUAAUGUCUACGCACCGGAUGGAUCGUUGAUUAUUAGCCGUGACACGUCUAAGGCUGCCUCUCCGUACUUGGUGCAGUUCUCCUGUGAUGGGAUUACGGCGCCGACGUAUCCAGCCUUUGGCUUUGAG